GCCUUCGGUCUGAAGUGUUACAAAUGUACAAGCACUAAAUCUUGGGAAGAUUGCGAUGAUAAAAAGUCAAGCGAGGUGACAUGCACCGGAAAUGACGUCACCUGCUAUAAAGUUCACUACUCCACUGCAGAUAAAACCAUCCAGCAGUUUGCAAAGUCCUGUGGACCUACAACCUAUUGCACAAAAACUUCAAAUCCCGUUUGCAAAGUCCAUCUCGGUGCUUCAGAUUGUGAUAUAGAUUGCUGUGAAGAAGACAUGUGCAACGCAGCCUCAUUGGCUGGAGUGGGUGGCCUUGUGGUGCUAUCAUGCGUUCUCGUGGCAGCGCUGUGCAGUUAGAGACAAGGAAACCUCCCUGAAUUUACUCUCUAUAAAUGCUAAUGUUAAAAAUCUUGAUCUGUGUGAAACAAA